UUUUUUGCUUCAGUAUAUAAAAGUCAAUGACAGUUGGUAAACCACAAUUAGUAAAACCACUGUGAACUCUUCAACAACAUGAAAUAUUUAGGAGUUUUUGUUGUUCUCUUCAUCCUGCAAACAAUUGCUAGUCAGGAAGUCGAUAAAAAGCAUCAUACUCCCGGUCACAUUGAAGAUCAACAGGAAACUCAAGAUCACUUUGAAAACAACCAACAACCUCUGGUUUCACAACAAAUUCCUCAACAACCUACAGCAGAAACUCCCCACUCAAACGUUCAAGUACAACCUUCCCAAGAGCCCUCCCAAGUAUCAGUACAAAUUCCCCCUAAAGUACAACAAGUAGUUACUCAAGUCUCUCAACAUAUACCCGUAGUCUUGGCACAACAUCUAGCCAAUCAAAAUCGUGUUGUACGCUCUCUUCAGAAUCGUCGUAACUUGCCAAACAUGGAUUUGAAAGGACUUCGCAAAUGUGAUUUCAUAUGCAAUGCUGUCGAUGUUACAGUCUGCGGUUAUAAUGGACGCUGUUAUAGGGAAUUUGAAAGUCAAUGUGAAUUGAGUACUUAUAACUGUUUGAAUACACAGAAAGCUUUCUAUGUUGUGGAUGGUUCAAACUGUCAGGACAUCAGUUAUCCUACAUGUUAUCCAGGAGAUAUAUAAAAUAGCCGGGAAUAGGAAAUAAUAUAAACUGAGUCAAAUUUAAUAAAGUCGAAAAUGUCAAUAAUAA